GCCCAAUUAUUUGUUGAACAUAGCUACUUCAGGAGAAAAAGAAUGAAAAUUGGACCAACAUCGGCUUCAAGUCAUUGAAAGAAUCCUUGACUUCGAUUGGAACUUCGGUUCUGAUAAUUUUGUUUUUAUUAUAUGUGGAAUUAUGGAUAUCCAAGCUGUGAGAUCGUUUCAUGCAGAGUAUUGGUGUUUCCAUGAAAAAGUUAGAUAUUGGUGGUUUAGGAUCUCGAUUGUGAGGAGUGGGCUCUGUGUCUGGCCAGGCAAGAGGCAACUUUGCAUUAGAAAGGGUCUUGUGUAUGGCCUUAUGCGCUUACUAUCAAUUCCCUUCAAAACCUUGCGUGGAGCGAGUCGAUCUCUUAGGAUUGCAGAGUUUUGCAGUGUUUCAAAUAUGUCUUCCUCAUUACAAAUUGAGUUGGUACCAUGUCUUGGAGACAAUUAUGCGUAUCUUUUACAUGACGUGGACACGGGCACAGUUGGAGUCGUUGAUCCUUCAGAAGCAGAGCCAGUUAUUGAUGCUUUGAGCCGUAAAGACUGGAAUUUGACUUAUAUAUUGAAUACCCACCACCAUCACGACCACACAGGUGGGAAUACAGAGUUAAAAGCAAGGUAUGGUGCAAAGGUGAUUGGUUCUGGAAUAGACAAGGAUAGGAUUCCCGGAAUUGAUAUUCUUCUAAAUGAUGGGGAAAAGUGGAUGUUUGCAGGUCAUGAGGUAAAAAUCAUGGAAACUCCUGGUCACACCCGAGGCCAUAUUAGCUUCUAUUUUCCUGGUUCUCGGGCAAUAUUUACCGGAGACACUUUGUUCAGCUUAUCAUGUGGCAAGCUUUUGGAAGGAACCCCGGAGCAGAUGCUUUCUUCUCUACAGCGGAUUAUGUUGCUGCCUGAUGAUACAAAUAUAUAUGGUGGUAAUGAAUUUACUAUGAGUAAUUUGAAAUUUGCUUUAUCUAUAGAGCCCAAGAAUGAUGCUCUUCAGGCUUAUGCAACCCAUGUAGCUCACCUUCGCAACAAGGGAUUGCCUACGAUUCCAAGUACAUUAAAGAUGGAGAAGGCAUGCAAUCCAUUCCUCCGGACAUCAAAUGCAGAAAUCCGGCAGGUAUUAGAAAUUCCGCCGACUGCAAAUGAUGCAGAAGCCUUGGGUGUCAUAUGUCGAUCAAAGGAUAACUUCUAGGACUACUUACAUACAUAGCUAUUACAUAUAUGGUUACUUCAUUCCGUUUGUGUAUAGCUGAAUUGAUGGUUGCUCUUCCAUUCUGAAACGAUCAAACAUCACCAAUGUUUAUCAUUUCCAUGUCCAUAUGAUUUAUUUUUUUGAAACUUGAAUAUCGUAAGCAAAUCUCAACAUAUUAUUUGCUUAUUGAUCAUGUUCAAUCUUUUUGGCCUUUUGGUAAUAAAAUGCUUGACAACAUUUUGAUUCCUGCUUUUUUGAU